AUGGCAUCUCCAAAUUUGAGUAGUGCUGGAAGUGGUACUGCUAGUGCUAGUGGUAGUGUGGGAUCUGGGGCCACAAGAACAACUGAUAUCAAGGCUCCGCUGUGGGAUCAUGUCACCAUUCUAGAGAGGCCUAAAGCUGGUGGAGGAAAUGCUUCAUGGAGAUGCAACUAUUGUGGAUUGGAAAAAUGCACCAGCUACACUAGAGUUGAAGCUCAUUUGCUGCAGAAAUCAGGGAAGGGGAUUGGCAAAUGUACGAAGGUUACAUAUGAAAUGCUGAGUCAGAUGAGGAUGGACGUGGAAAGGUGCCAGGAGCUAGUGGAAAGAGCGAAGCAACGCACAGUUUCUUUGCCUGUAGCUCCUUCAAUCAAUAACAGCAAGAAGAAGAGGGGACCUGCUUCUAUAUUGGAAAAAUCUUGGGCAUUGGAAGACCGCAAGCACUUGGAUGCUUUAAUUUUUAGAGCAAUGUAUUCUGAUGAAAUAUCUUUCAACUUUCUGAGAAACCCAUAUUUUAGAGAAGCUUUUGCAUUUGCUUGCAGCCGCCACAAUUUGCAAGGUUACACAAUCCCUGGGUAUAACAGGGCUAGGGAAUCACUUCUGAAGCAAGAAAGAAGGCACAUAGAGACUCUAUUGGAGAGUACAAAGAGCACAUGGCCAGAGAAAGGGGUCACAAUCUGCUCCGAUGGUUGGUCAGAUCCUCAGAGGAGGCCAAUCAUCAACUUCAUCGUUGUUUCUGAGAAAGCACCAAUGUUUUUUAGGGCUGACAAUUGUGAAGGCGAAUACAAGUCAAAAGAAUAUAUUGCUGAGAAGUUGAGGGCUAUCAUUGAUGAAGUAGGUCGACAAAAUGUGGUACAAAUCAUCACAGAUAAUGCUGCAAAUUGCAAAGGUCUUCUUGAAGUUGCUGAACUCUCCAUUGAUGAACCUGAGCUGCAGGCUGUAUCAUUUGGAUUGGAUGAUGCCGAGGUUGAAGGUGUGGAGGAGAGUGGAACAAUUGAGGAAGACCAAGAAGCUUGA